AUGGUUCUCUUAGAAGACCGUAGUAGUGAAGACACCCGUGCCGUUCUGUCUCAGGCCAAUCUUGAAAUCAAAGGGUCCAUAGGAGGGAGUCUGACUAACUUCGAUGUGGAGUUCUAUGACGCGCGUGUACAG